AUGCCUAUAACUCGAUCUGCUAAUCAAGAAAUAUUGCCAUACGAUCCAGAAAUUGAAAGAACUCUACGCAGGUUAAGAAAACAAUCUCGGAGGAAAUUGGAGUUUAGUGCACUGGCUACUGAUUCCCCAUCUUCCUCACAUUCUAAUUCAGAAGAAAAACCCAUGGCUCAAAAUCGUACUUUAAAAGAGCUUGGAGCUCCAAAUUUAGAUCAACAGCCUUUAUGCAUUACGUUUCCUGCUUUAGAUGCUAAUGUACAAUUUGAAUUAAAAUCUGGGUUAAUUCAUCUUUUGCCUUCUUUUCAUGGACUUGCAGGUGAAGAUCCUCAUAAACACUUAAAAGAAUUUCAUGUGGUAUGUUCAAGUAUGAAACCCACGGGGGUUACUGAAGAACAAAUCAAGUUGAGAGCAUUUCCAUUUUCUUUGAAAGAUUCAGCAAAGGAUUGGCUAUAUUACUUACCUUCCGGGAGCAUCACCACAUGGAAUGACUUGAAGACGGUGUUCCUUGAAAAAUACUUUCCAGCGUCAAGGGCGGCCAACAUAAGAAAGGAAAUCUGUGGUAUAAGGCAACACAAUGGAGAGUCAUUGUAUGAAUAUUGGGAGCGUUUCAAAAAGCUGUGUGCGAGCUGCCCUCAUCACCAAAUCACUGAACAAUUGCUCAUUCAGUACUUUUAUGAAGGACUCUUUCCAACUGAUAGAAGCAUGAUUGAUGCUGCAAGUGGAGGUGCUUUAGUUGAUAAGACACCGGAUGCUGCAAAGAAUCUAAUUGCAAACAUGGCAGCAAAUUCUCAACAGUUUGGCAAUAGAUUUGUCCAACCGUCCAAGCAAGUGAAUGAGGUAAGUAUUUCCAAUCUUGAACAACAGGUGGCUGGUUUAACUACUCUUGUUCGUCAAUUGGCUGUAGGAAAUAUGCAAACUGUGAAGGCUUGUGGAAUUUGCUCGGUAGUUGGACACCAAACUGAUGCUUGCCCAACUCUUCAAGAAGAACCUAUUGAACAUGUCAACAUGGCUGGAGGUUUUCCUGGACAACCUCAAGGUAAGUAUGAACCAUUUUCUAAUACAUAUAAUCCGGGUUGGAGGGAUCACCCGAACCUUAGUUAUGGAAACUCACAAGGGAACCAGGUUGUUCAGAACCGUUCUAAUUUUCAGCAGUAUAGACCAUCAUUUCCUACAAGACAACAACCGGCCCAAAGCUCUAACUCAGGUAUGAAUCUUGAAGAUAUUGUUAAGUCUCUUGCUACUAAUACUUUACAGUUCCAACAAGAAACACAACAAUUCCAACAAGAGACAAGGUCAAGUAUUCAAGAAACAAGGGCUAGUAUUCAGAAUUUGGAAAGACAGGUGGGACAACUAGCAACUGCAAUCAACAGGUUGGAGGCACAAAACUCUAGAAACUUACCAUCUCAAACGGUUGUUAAUCCUAAAGAGAAUGUAAGUGCAAUUAGUGUGAGAAGUGUGUUGUUGGAAAAGAAUGUUGAUUUGGACAAUGAAACAAGUGUAGGAAACAUUGCCAACAAUAAAGAGAAGUCUCAAGGUAAGUUUUCAUCUUUUUCUGAUUAUAAACCAGUACCCCCAUUUCCUCAAGCUCUUUUAGAAACAAAGAAAACAAAGUCAAAUAAUGAUUUAUAUGAGACAUUUCGUGAAUGUGAGGGUAAUAAUUCAUUGUUAGAUUCUAUUAAAAAAGUACCUCGUUAUGCAAAGUUUCUGAAAGAGUUAUGCACUAUAAAAAAGAAACAAAAUGAAGGAAAAGCUGAGGAGGAGGUGAAAAUGCAAGAGAAUGUCUUUUUGGCUAGUCAAAACAAGCUUCCUGAAAAGUGCAAAGAUCCAGGUAUGUUUACUAUUCCAUGCAUGAUAAGUGGUGUGAAACUUGAAAAAGCCAUGUUAGAUUUAGGAGCUUCUAUCAAUGUCAUGCCAUAUUCUGUUUAUACUUCUUUAAAUCUUGGACCCCUUAAGAAAACUUGUGUAGUAAUUCAAUUAGCUGAUGGAUCUACUACUUAUCCUAGGGGUGUGAUUGAGGAUUUGUUUGUUGAAGUUAAUAAUUUGGUUUUUCCUGCUGAUUUUUAUGUGCUUGAUAUGGAAAAUAAUAAUAAAAUUUCUCAUAUUUUGUUAGGAAGGCCAUUCUUAAAAACUGCAAAAACUAAAAUUGAUAUUCAUAGUGGGAUGCUUACUAUGGAGUUUAAUGGUGAAUUUGAAGGUACUAUUUCUUUGAAUAACAAUAAUCGUCAAAGGUACUCAAAAAGACGAUGGAAAUUUAAAGAAUUGUUUAAGCAAUAA